UUGGCGAAGAACGUGGGAAAUGCCAGUUUCAAUGAGAUAAUGGAGGCAGAUUUGUCGGAGCAGGGCGUAACCAAACCUGAUCCGAGCAGCGACAUGCAGAAGAGGAAGGACUACAUCACGGCCAAGUACACAGAGAAACGCUUCGCUCUGCGGUUUUGUGCCGACACUGAGUCCAGACUGCAGGCUUUAUACGAGGCCGUCAGGAACAGAGACAUCCUGUCACUGAUCCAGGUCUACGCCGAGGGGGUAGACCUGAUGGACGCCAUCCCGCAGCCCAACGAACAUGAACCUGGAGAGACUGUGCUCCAUCUGGCGGUCCGAAUGGUCGACAGGAACUCCCUCCACAUCGUGGACUUCCUCGCUCAGAACAGUGGGAACCUGGACAAGCAGACGGCCGGAGGAAGCACGGCGCUGCAUUACUGCUGCCUGACCGACAACCGAGAGUGUCUCAAACUGCUGCUGAGAGGAAAAGCCUCUGUGUCCAUCACAAACGAAGCAGGAGAGACUCCGCUGGACAUUUGCAAACGUCUCCGACACACUCAGUGUGAAGAACUGCUGACUCAGGCUCAGACUGGAAAGUUUAACGUUCACGUUCAUGUCGAGUACGAGUGGCGUCUCCAGAACGAGGACCUGGAUGAGAGCGAGGACGAGAUGGAGGACAAGCCCAUACCGAACCGCCGUGAGGAGCGUCCAGUCAGCUGCUUCGUGCCGGGCAGUGCCUCCAUGCAGCCCAACCUGGCGGCGUUGGCCCGGGACGCUGCCUGCCUGGUGCGGGACAAACACAGGCCUCAGAUUCCCAGCACCAUAAUCAGCAAUGAGACGUACGGCACCAUGCUGGACCUGCUGCCGGCAGGACCCACGCCACCGCUCCCUCCCAGAGCCCCCCAGAGAGGAUUGGGUCACAGUAAACCUGCCGCCAUGGAAACCGUUGGAAGGCAAAGGUCGUCGUCUGACCCCCCGAAUCCCCAGGCCCCUGAGAGGAACUCCUCCAUGUACGUGCUGCCAGCAGCUCCUCCCCCUCCUCCCCCUCCUCCAGGAAGCAGGAAGUCCAGUCUGUUUGAAAUGAGGCCUGUCUCAGCCAGGAACACCCCCCUCCCUCCGCUGCCUCCUCCACCAGCAUUGGGACCCCCCCCCCCUCCUCCAGUCCCAUCAACACCCUCCAUACCUUCACCCCCCCUCUACAAAGCUCCACCUCUACCCCCUCCUGUCCCCAGCCACCAAACCAGCAAAGCACCAGGACCCAAGUCUCCUGGAUCCCCCAAAUCACCCACCGGAUCAGUGAAAAAGCCUCCUCAAAGACCACCUGUCAGGACCAGAUCUGUGAACAGACAAGGUUCUCAGUCCAGAUCUCCUCAGAGUCCGGCUCCUCCAACACCUCAACCCAGAACCGCCUUUUCUGUAAGUCCUCACACAACAGCAGCAACAACAGGCCCUCACAAAGUGACUCUCCACUGUUGUGUGGUGCACACUCUCCUUAAAGGGACGUUUAAACAACGUCUGGUUGGUUCAGUUGAUCUCUAA